AUGGAUGGCAUGGUGUUGAUGGGUUUGGGCUCCUCACCCUUCAACGGUUCGUCAUUCCUUCUUCCGCCUAGUGAAGUAAACAUGGAUUCCGUGCCUUCAUAUUACUCAAAUGACAACAUUCCAAUGAGUGAUAAGGAACCACCACAACUUUUGUCUUCAAAUUUUGUACAACCGGAAAUGCCUUCAGAGUCACAAGGAUAUGCACCUAUGUCUGACAACGGGUACCCUCAAGAUCAAUUCGGAAUGCACUCUCACUCCUCUCUCGGUCCUGGCUUUCCCAUCCCAGAACCUCCGCCCUAUGAGCAUUUCAAAGAAUACACUUGGGGGGUUCCCAAGGAAUUUGCAACCAUCUUACCACAAGAAGAUUUCAAUCCAUCGUCGAUUUUAGAUUCCGCUGAUGAGCAAUUCAUUUUCGAUAAUUUUCUCUACAAUCUUCAAGCAAACCCCGACUACAUAUUCAAUCCGUCAUUGCCCACGAAUAUGCCCGCGUUCCCUCCGCCCCCGGACAACAGUGUGAAUGGAUUGUUCAAGUCCAUGUGUGUGAGUCAUUGUCCACCAGGUACGAUACUGACGUCUUCGCCCAAUCAGAAUCAUCGCGAAUUGGCUUCAUCAUCACAGUUACCAUCGCAAAGUUCCGACGAGAAAAGUGGAUCAUCCACGUCACAAUCAGUUCCAGCAAAGCGCAAACAGGAAGGUAAUGACGAGAGAUCCAUACGCAGUCCUCGACCAAUCUCGCCGUCCAUGCAACUAUCCAAUCUGUCCAUCAACAGUAGUGGCACCAGUAAUAACUACCUUGACAACGAUAAUGACGAGAGCCCAGGAAACACGCCCAGCAGCAGCGUCAACGGAUCACCAUCACCCAGAACCCCCAAUCGAGAGUUGGCAAAGAACGAGGAGGAGUCAGGGUCCGCCAGUAACUUGGCAGAGACAUCUUCAAAUGAGAAUGAUAACACGACGGAUGACUUUGCCGAGAUAAAAUCCGAGUCAAAGCCCACACCUCAGAAGUCAAGUAGAAAGCCGUACAAGGAACUUCUCACGGAAGAAGAGAAACGGGCGAAUCACAUUGCGUCCGAACAAAAACGAAGGAAUACAAUUCGUGCCGGAUUUAAAGAACUAACAGACAUUAUACCAACGCUAAAGAACGUGAAUAAUUCAAAAAGCACAAUUCUAUUUAAGGCAGUGGAUUACAUCAAGUAUUUAGAAAGGAGGAAUAAAAAUUUAAAAGAGCGCGCUGGCCUCUUGGAGAUGCGAGUCGAAAUGGAGAUGAGACAAGGGAAGAGGUUCCAUCAUAAUGGGUUCGGACCGACGAUGGGUUUUGGUCAUCAACGAGUUGGACCGAUGCCAAUCAGUGCGGGCUACGGGAUGAUGCACAACCCGAUGAAUGGGAUGAACGGAAUGAAUAGCAUCAACGGCAUGGGCAUCCCGAUAGGGCCCGGUCAUCCACCACCACAAACUCAUGUCAUACCAUCAUCUCAAAUGUAUUUCGUUUCCACCGGCACAGAGAGUCAACAACCCAUGGCAACGCACCAACAGAUGAUUCCUAGUGGGAGUGCGGUUUCAUCGGUAAAUCAAACGAACAAUGUAUUUAGAAAUGGCAUGCAAAUACCACAGCAGCCACCUCAUCCAACCAACAAUGAAACCAAUAACAAUAAUGGACUCGUUCCAGGAAUGAAAAUCCCAAGCGAUGACGACCAAGAGAUGAUGAAUCAUCAUCAUAACGGAGUUGAUCCUGGAAUGGUCGGAGCUGAACAUGACGGGGACACAUCCAUGAUGGUCCUGAAUGGAAAUGCGCCGCGUGUCGGAGUCAAAUGUCUAUAA